AUGGUGCUAGAGGAUGGAGAAAUUGUAAUAACUCCAUUUGAGGUUGUUAUAAACAAAGACACAGGCUAUGCGGAGAUCACUCUCCGAAAUAUUACAAAAAGCGACUAUGCUUUUAAGAUAAAAACAACGCACCCACUAAACUAUAAAGUAAAGCCAUCGAUUGGCAUGCUUGCUGGCUGUAAAUCUCAAACCAUUGCAAUUGAGAUGAUUGGCACCGAUAAAGUGCUUAACCUAUGCAGCCACAUGUUUUUGUUUCAAUUUAUAAAGAGCGGGCACAUGCUUACAGCAGAAAGCCUUAAGCAGAUAUUUUUGCUAAAGGGGGUAAAAGUAUUAGAGCAGAGAAUUGGCAUCAGGUACUCUGGCCCACUUGUUAAUGAAGAGACCGAAUUAUUGGCUCCAGAGAAACCCGAACUCAUUUUUAUAUCUGCCAGUGUGUUUAUUAUAUAUAAUGCACUUCUUCUGUUCAGGCAACUUCUGUUUGGGAUUUAAUUUUAACCUGUUUAACUAUCAAAGAAUAAAAACCCUUCAGUGCUCAUUUUCAAAGGUACGGGUUAUAUUCUAAAGCAAGCCUAUA